CUGACACACGUCAUCACAUUGUCUUGACGUCCCUGAUUUGUUGUCUAACAACAAUGGAGAAGCAGCGACACGUUUAAACCGCGUUUCUAAACUUCUACGAGACACAGGAGGUUAUAAUUUGCUCAUUGUUUAAUCUGAAUGCAGCGACGUCUCAUCUCAUUCGCUCCAAAGACUUUCUGUGCCGGUCUACAAAGUCUUCACACACUCGUCAGACGUCUGACACUCUUCAAAGUGUGCAGAUCGUCUCCUUGCUCUUCACGCUUUGCACAUCACCCUCCACCUGUAUAUGUGUUUAAUUUUUCCAAGGGAAUCUGUAGUUUUUCAUCGGUGUCUCAUAAAAACAACCUCCUCCGCAACAAUUUUCCACGGUUUUCCCAGCGUCGGUGUUGCUCCAACGAGCCAGAUAUGGCGGAACAGAGGUUCAUCGUGGAAUACGCCAAACGCGGCACAGCGGGUUGUAAGAAAUGCAAGGACAAAAUCCCGAAGGAAGUCGUGCGCAUAGGGAAGGUUGUGCCCAACCCUUUCAGCGAGUCGGCGGGCGAGAUGAAGGAGUGGUAUCACGUCAAGUGCAUAUUUGAGAAGCUGGAAAGGGCGAGAGCCACCACGAAGAAGAUCGAGGACAUCACGGAUUUGGAGGGCUGGGAGGAGCUGCAGGACGAGGACAAGGAGAUCAUCAAUAAACAUGUUUCAGACCUGAUGGCAAAAGUCAAUGCAACCCCAAAGAAGAAGGGGCCAGCCAAGCUGAACACCUCUUCCCAGCUGAUGGCUCCUCCUGCCGACCCGUCUCUCAACGCUCCACGCAAGUUUUCAGGCUUCACGGCCACUAAGGCCGGCACCUCCAGCAGCCCAGGCCCAUCCUCCUCUUCCCCCGCCAAGGCCAGCCAAGGCAGCCCCCUGUCCACGCAGCUCUGCGACCCCCAGCACAAGGACUGCCUCUUCAGAGAGUUUCGUAAGCUUUGUGCAACGGUGGCAGAAAACAACAGCUACAACGUGAAGACGCAGAUCAUUGAGAAGUAUCUCAAGAAGGGCUCAUGUGGAGACAAGUUCCGCGGAGACGUUUACCUCACGGUGAAACUGCUCCUGCCCGGCGUCGUAAAGAGCGUCUACAACCUGAAUGACAAGCAGAUAGUAAAGCUCUUCAGCCGCAUAUUCAGAAGCAACCAGGACGACAUGGUGCGCGACCUCGAGCAGGGCGACGUGUCCGAGACGGUGAGGAUGUUCUUCGAUGAGAGUAAAUCAUUUCCCCCGUCCACCAAGAGCCUGCUGACCCUCCAGGAGGUGGACGCGUCUCUGACCCGCCUCGCCCAGCUGACCAAGGAAGACGAGCAGCAGACCGAGCUGGAGGAAAUUGCCAAAAAAUGCACCAGCAAUGACCUGAAAUGCAUCAUUCGACUCAUCAAGCACGACUUGAAGAUGAACUCCGGAGCUAAACACGUCUUGGACGCUGUGGAUCCAAACGCUUACGAUGCCUUCAAGGCCUCGCGUAACCUGGGCGAUGUGAUUGAACGGGUGUUGAGGAAUACGCAGGACGCGACCAACGGUUCGGGCCCCAGGAAGCUGCUCAUGGUGGAGGCCUCUCUCAUGACCCCCGUCCAGCCCAUGUUGGCCGAGGCGUGCAAGUCCGUCGAGUACGCCAUGAAGAAGUGUCCCAAUGGGAUGUUCUCCGAGAUCAAAUACGACGGAGAACGUGUGCAGGUCCACAAGAACGGAGACGUCUUCAGCUACUUCAGCCGCAGCCUCAAACCGGUGCUGCCACACAAAGUGGCCCACUUCAAAGAAUACAUCCCUCAGGCGUUCCCUGGUGGUCACAGUAUGAUAUUGGACGCUGAGGUUCUCCUAAUUGACACGAACACCAGUAAACCUCUGCCCUUUGGGACCCUGGGUGUUCACAAGAAAGCUGCGUUUCAAGAUGCCAAAGUUUGCCUUUUUGUUUUCGACUGUAUCUACUUCAACGGUGUGAGUCUCAUGGAGAGGCCUCUGCGUGAACGCAGGAAGUUCCUAAACGACAACAUGGAAGAAGUUCCCAACAGGAUCCUGUUCUCAGAGAUGAAGCACGUCACCAGAGCAGGAGAUCUGGCCGACAUGAUCACUCGUGUGAUCAGAGAGGGACUGGAAGGCCUCGUGCUAAAAGACGUAAAGGGCUCCUAUGAACCGGGAAAGCGUCACUGGCUGAAGGUGAAGAAGGACUAUCUGAACGAAGGUGCGAUGGCGGACACGGCCGACCUGGUGGUGCUCGGGGCUUUCUACGGAAAAGGCUCCAACGGGGGCAUCAUGUCCAGUUUCCUGAUGGGCUGUUACGACCCCGACUCCAAGAAAUGGUGCACAGUCACCAAGUGCUCCGGAGGCUACGAUGACGCCACCCUGGCCCGGCUCCAGAAGGAGCUGGAUGUGAUCAAAAUCAGCAAGGAACCGAGCAAAAUCCCAGGCUGGUUGAAAAUCAUCAAGAACUAUUAUCCAGAUUUCAUUAUCCGCGAUCCUCAGCGAGCACCCGUCUGGGAGAUCACAGGCGCCGAGUUCUCCAAAUCAGAAAUGCACACGGCUGACGGCAUCUCCAUCCGCUUCCCCCGCAUGACGCGCAUCCGCGACGACAAGGACUGGAAGACCGCCACCAACUUGCACCAGCUCAAAGAGCUGUUCCGCAUAUCCAAGGAGAACUGUGACUUCAAAGUGACAGCCGGGCCGUCCAGCGACGACAAGGGCUCAUCAGGAGGAGACAGCGGAGGAAGCUCCCCGUCGCCCUCGUCCCGCGGAGGCAGAGCUCCUCCUCCUGCUCCUCCUCCUCCUCCUGCCAAGAGGCCCAGCAGCAGCGCGACACCCAAACCGAGGGUGGUGAAAUCUCAGCCCCGCACCCCCACCUCAGAGGCACCUGCUGCCAAGAAGGUGAAGAAGACUGAGGACGUUCACAGCAACGGACAAAGCAAAACCAAGACCACGUCUCAGCUGCUGCAGCCGAGGAACGACAAGACGCUGCUGGACAUCUUCAGCGGCGUGAAGCUCUUCCUGCCCGUCUCCGUGCAGGACUUCGACAAACUCCGGCGUUACUUCGUGGCGUACGACGGGGACGUCGUGGAGGACUUUGACUCCGCCUCCGCCACGCACACCAUGGCCGAGCCCGAGGAGAACAGCCCGGCCCAGAGAGUCACACCCAGCUGGAUCUGGGACUGUAUCCGCAAGAGGCGCGUCCUUCCUCCCUGCUAACAACAAUGAAACACUCGUUUUUUUACACUGUGUUUACACGCACUGCUCAAAUCAGUGUUAAACUACAUGAACUGGCUUCAUCGGAACGAUUCGGGGGGGGUGUCUCCGUGCUUCUCUCCAACAAUGAUUCCUAUUUAUUCUUUUAAAGCCUUUGUGGUUUUGUAAGCUUCAAACCAGCCGGGGCCACUAACAGAAAACAUUUACUUUGGGACUUUUACUUUUCUGCUUAUUCCAGGUUGUUGGGAAAAUGAUGAAUGUUGGUGACGGAUGUAGUUUUUAUAACAUUUCACUCAGACAUGUGGUUACAGCAGCUGCACAGGAAACCACUGAAUUGCAUUUUACAGAGAUCAGGACACAGAUAAUAGCUGAAUUAGGAUCAUGGGAUUAAUCAGUAGCACGUUAGUUAUUUUUUACAGACAAUGUGUGAGAAGUGAAAAACACAGCUCGUGUGGAGAGCGACAAUAAAUAAAUGAGAUGCUGAUAAAUAUCAA